ACCACCAGAACUUGAUCUCCAGCAAGACAUCCACUCAAAAUGCUAGCAGCUCGUGCAAUGAGGCCGUGCGCCUCCCAAUUCGGCCGCUUCAUGGUCCCCCUCCGCGUACGAAACUACUCCAGCGUCGCCGAGCAGAGCUUCGAAUACAUCAAAGUCUCCACGCCGCGAACAGGCGUGGCAAUGAUCGAGCUCAACCGCCCCAAAGCCCUCAACGCCCUCUUCACCCCCCUCAUAGUCGAGCUGAACAAAGCGCUCGAGUCGCUCGACAAAGACCCCUCCAUCGGCGCCAUGGUGCUCACGGGAUCAGAGAAAGCGUUCGCCGCCGGCGCAGACAUCAAAGAGAUGGCACCCAAAGAGUUCGCGGAUGCGUACGGCGCCGACUUCAUCGAGAACUGGUCCCAGCUGUACAACACGAUCAAGAAGCCCAUCAUCAGCGCCGUCAACGGCCACGCCCUCGGCGGCGGCUGCGAGCUCGCCAUGAUGUGCGACAUCCUUUACUGCAAUGCGAAAGCGAACUUCGGGCAGCCGGAGAUCAAGCUCGGCGUCAUCCCUGGUGCUGGAGGGUCGCAGCGCCUCACGCGGGCGAUUGGGAAGAGCCGCGCGAUGGAGUUGAUUUUGACGGGCAAGAAUUUCAGUGGGCAGGAGGCGUUUGAUUGGGGGCUUGCGGCGAGGGUGUUUGAGACGCCCGAGAAGUGUGUGGAGGGGGCGCUGGAUACGGCGGAGACGAUUGCGGGCUACAGUAAGAUUGCCGUCAAGGCGUGCAAGGAGGUGGUGAAUAAGAGUCAGGACUUGGGCAUCCGGGAGGGCGUGGAGUUUGAGAGGCGUGUGUUCCACGGGUUGUUUGGGAGUGAGGAUCAGAAGAUUGGCAUGAAGGCUUUUGCGGAGAAGCAGAAGGCGCAGUGGAAGCAUAGGUAGAAUGGUGGGGGGUUGCUUGACGUGUGAGAUAUGUGUUGUAUAGGUCCGAUUGCACAUCGUUGCAGACUGCACUCAA